AUGUCAGGCAGGCGGGAUAGUCUCAGUCCUCCUGAAAAGACAGGAACGGUGGAUCCUGGUGCCCAUGAGCUUGAGUCCUCCGAUUCAGAUGACCACUUCUCCGAUGCGCAGUCUGCUCCCUCUAGGGAAUCACAAGCUGCUUCACCCAUACCCAAGCUGCGAGUCGAGAAGAUCAGCGAUGAGCCGUCGUAUGGUGAAGUUCCUGGGACUGAUGCGUACAAGAUGAGAGAGGGCGAUGCCGAGCCGGAUGAGAUAGCUGUCAUACCUGAUGAAUCAGAUAAAGCAUCUGGCGAGAGCAGGUCUCAGUCUGGCACUCCCAGUGGAGGGGUCAUUCCCACGACAGUAGUUGAGGAGACCGCCGAUACGGAGGGAUCUGAGACACACCCGGAGAAGCACCACAGGUCUGAUCCUCCCCCAGACCUGGUGCUGAAGGCAGACGGAAACCUCGAGAUGGGGAAAGACGCUUCUGCUCUCGUAGAAACACCAAUAUCACCCCCAUUAAAAUCCCCGAGUACGGGUCGCACGAGAAGAAGAUCUUCCAUAGUCCCUAAAUCCCCCGGUCUUGCCUCCCCUACUUCUCGUAACGUGGGACUUGCUGCGCCGGGGGACGAAGAGGAAGAUGAGGACUUUGGUGAUGACUUUGACGACUUCGAGGAGGGCGGAGAGGACGAUGACUUUGGUGACUUUGACGACGGCUUCGAGGAACCCGCUUCAGCACCUGCUGCAGCUCCGGCGGCACCGCCUCCAGUGCAGCCGCUAUCAAUUCCCAUACCCGAUUUCGAAGGCUUAGAUGCCGAUGAGAUCCUCUCCGUCACGGAACCCUACCUCAAUGCCCUCUACUCUACCCCAGACGACGACGACUCCAUACCCACACUCCCUCCCUUACCCAGAGACGUGAACCCCGUCUUCCUCACGCCGCGUAGCGCCUCGCUCUGGUCGCAGCUCGUCGCGCCCCCACCCCUCCAGCCGCCGGACUGGAUCCGCUCCCGCAUCCGGCGCCUCUUCCUCGUCAGCCUCGGCGUCCCCGUCGACCUGGACGAGAUCCUGCCAGCCUCGAAGCAAAAGAAGCUCGUCCUCCCGUCCCUCGCCGUCCCCGCCCGCCGCGACUCGCCGCGCACGUCGUCGGACUCGCGCCGCUCGGGCGUCUCGCGCCUCAAGCAGGCCGCCGCCAACAACGGCUCCAGCACGAGCGUCGACUCCCAGGGCAAGCCCAGGGAGCCGUCGUCGUCCGGCGGCAAGGGCGGCAAGCGGCGCGGGCCGCCGCCGGCCCCGGAGCUCGACCUCGUGGCCGGGCGGCAGCUGUGCCAGACGACGGACGAGGCGCUCGACGGCAUGACGGACGCGGAGCUCGGGGCGCACGUCGCGCGGCUCGAGGCCAUGGAGGGCACGGCCAGGGAGGUGCUCGAGUACUGGACCAAGCGGACGGACGAGAAGAUUGGCGACCGCGAGGCGUUUGAGGGCGUCAUUGAGAACCUCGUCAAGCACGCGCGCAAGGUGAGGAAGUGA